AUGUCCGAACCGAAGGAUGAUCCAAUUGAGGUUGUCAAACCAGAAGAAGAUGCAUCCACUCCUGACGACUACUUGCAUGGAUCUCGCUUGAUAGCAUUGACAGUAUCGCUUCUGCUGGGCAUGUUCUUAGUUGCUCUCGACAACACUAUUAUUGGCACUGCAAUCCCCAAGAUCACGGACGAAUUUCAUGAUUUGAACAAAGUCUCAUGGUAUGGCUCUGCAUACUUUAUGACUUUUGGUGGUAGCUUUCAAUCAACAUGGGGAAAGGUGUUCAAAUACUUCCCACUCAAGCUUUGGUUCCUUAUUGCAUUGAUGAUCUUCGAAGUUGGCAGUCUGAUAUGCGGAGUGGCACAAGACCCGACAACUUUGAUUGUAGGUCGAGCAAUUGCAGGUCUUGGUGGAUCUGGUGUCGCUGUUGGCGUGUUCACCAUGUUGGGUUUUGCCGCCCCACCUGAGAAGCGUCCACAGCUCCUAGGCUUCACUGGAGCAGCUUAUGGUAUCGCUGCCGUCUUAGGUCCACUCAUUGGCGGUGCCUUUACUGACAAGGUUACAUGGCGUUGGGUAAGUCAGCAAAGACUCGAGUACUGCUCGAGUACUAACGAUAUUGUANNGUGCUUCUACAUCAAUCUACCGGUAGGAGGAUUGGCAGCUAUCAUCAUCUUUCUCUUCUUCAAGCCACCAAGCAGCGCCAAACCUGCGCAAGCAUCAUUCAAGGAGAAGAUGUUACAGAUGGACUUCGUUGGCGCCACUCUGAUGAUCGGCCUGAUCAUCUCUUUCAUACUCGCACUGCAAUAUGGUGGGCAGACACACUCGUGGAAUAGCAGUCAGGUCAUCGGAUUGUUGGUUGGAUUCGUUGUCAUUUUGGCAGUCUUCGUACUGUGGGAGAUGUUCCAAAAGGAACGCGCCAUGAUUGUCCCACGACUGUUUAUAGAGCGGCACAUCUGGGUCGGCUCCGUCUUCAUGUUCUUCUUUGGAGGAGGCUACUUUAUUCUUCUAUAUUACCUUCCGAUCUACUUCCAAAGUAUUCACGAAGCUAGUCCGAUCGGAUCUGGCGUCAGGAUGCUUGCGUUAAUUAUUCCGUUGACCGUCACCGCUAUCAUACAAGGCUUUGCACUGUCGAAGAUCGGCAUCGUGCCUGCAUUCUGGAUCUUCGGCGGUGCACUGGCAACCAUUGGCUGUGGACUCAUGUACACCAUGGACGCUAGUACUUCUGCUGGCAAAUGGAUCGGCUAUCAGAUCUUGGUUGGCUUUGCUACUGGCGUGACUUUUCAGGUCGCUAUUGCAAAUGCGCAAGUUCACGCUAAGCCUGAAGACUUGUCGCAGGUCAGCGCCAUAAUCAAUUUCUUCGUCACCAUUGGUGGUGCUUUCUUCAUCUCCGCUGUACAAUGCGCAUUCAACAACCAAAUCAUCAAACAACUCGUAAAGAACCUUCCUAGUAUCGACCCAGUAACUGUUCUUGGAAUUGGCGCAACACAAAUUCGUCAAGAGUUUACGGCAUCACAAGUACCAAUUGUUCUUGACGCGUACAUGGUUGGGCUGAAAGCUGUGUUUGCCAUUACAACAGCUGCUUAUGGUGUCUCGACCAUCGUAGGCUUCUUUGGCAGCUGGAAGAGACUUAACGAGGAGGUAAUNGAAAAGGCUGCUGGCGGCGCAGUUUAA